GGACCACAGGUGCCGGCUGGAAACCUGCCUGCGAACGCGCGACCCGGUGAGACCACACACCUCUGGCUAGGAAGAGGAGGCCGCAGCGCGGGCGGAGGCAGCGACCAGAGGUACCUUUGUAUUAAGCCAGAUUGGAUAUCAGAACAUCUGCAUCAUCAGUCUGAAGGUUUGAACAGGCCAAUGAGCACUCUUAUCAUCGAGGCAUUUUACGGAGGGUCACAUCGACAGCUGGUAGAUCUGCUCCAAGAAGAAGUAGAUGACUGUGUCCUCUACACCCUGCCUGCGAAGAAAUGGCAUUGGAGGGCACGGACAGCAGCUCUGUACUUCUCGCGCAGUGUUCCCCGCAGCGAGCACUAUAGGACCCUCUUUGCAAGCUCAGUACUUAACCUGACUGAACUGGCUGCCCUUCGUCCUGAUCUGGGAAAAUUGAAAAAGAUCUUGUACUUCCAUGAAAACCAGUUGGUUUAUCCUGUCAAGAAAUAUCAGGAGAGAGAUUUUCAAUAUGGAUACAACCAAAUUCUCUCAUGUUUGGUGGCUGAUGUGGUGGUAUUCAAUUCCAAUUUUAAUAUGGAAUCAUUUCUUACUUCCAUUGGAAAAUUUCUGAAGCUCAUUCCUGAUCACAGACCUGAGGAUCUGGAAAGCGUUAUCAGACCCAAGUGUCAAGUUAUUUAUUUUCCCAUCAGGUUUCCUGAUGUGAGCAGAUUCAUGCCCAAGCACAAAAUAGCCCACUUAAGGAGGAUGCUCAGCCUUAUUGGAAAUAGUGUUGCAGCUCUGUCCGAGAUGCUUCUUUCCAAACCAGAGCAGUGGGAUUCUAAGAAGUUACUGGAGAAUUUUGAACAAGAGUCUGAUAAACAACCUGGCCUUGAUGCUGAACAGGAAACCAUGGACAACCCAUCAACCCAUAAAUCGUGCUUGGAGAAGUCCAGCCUGUCAGAUAACUCAGGCUCUCUUCCUGUGAGCGAGGAGAAUUGGGCUCUUGAUGCUAGCCAGCUUUUGUGUGGAGCUGAUGAUCAGCAAACACCAUUGCACAUCAUAUGGCCUCACAGGUGGGAGCAUGACAAAGAUCCAGAGAGUUUUUUUAAGGUAUUGCUGCAUCUGAAAGACUUAGGACUCAAUUUCCAUGUCUCUGUCCUUGGAGAAACUUUUACAGAUGUACCAGAUAUCUUUUCAGAAGCCAAAAAGGCCCUGGGAUCCUCAGUCUUGCACUGGGGCUACUUACCCUGUAAAGAAGACUAUUUCCGAACCCUGUGCGCGGCUGAUGUUGUCAUCUCAACAGCUAAGCAUGAAUUCUUUGGAGUAGCGAUGUUGGAAGCUGUGUACUGUGGCUGUUACCCACUUUGUCCCAAAGCCUUGGUUUAUCCUGAAAUAUUUCCAGCUGAGUAUCUGUAUUCCACACCUGAACAGCUUUCAAAACGGCUCAAGAGUUUCUGCAAGAGACCAGAUAUUAUAAGAAAACAUCUUUAUAAGGGUGAAGUGGCUCCAUUUUCUUGGGCAGCCCUGCAUGGUAAAUUCAGGUCUCUGCUCACAACAGAACCCAGGGAAGAUCUGUGACAGAUGGGGCUAAGUCACAAACUUGCAGCCUAAGGCAGAAUCUGAAGAACUUUCCAGAGUGUGCCCAUAUUUACCUGAUCAGAGAGAAAAGAAAAUCUGCAGAGGAAGCCGAGCCUGGCUGCUUGUCAUAGCUGACACAGAGCCAUCUGCCACAAACCUGUGGCGGCUUCAGAUCUCCAAUCCCUGCCACCACCCCAACUCAAAUUAAAUACAGAUUCCUAGAGACGUUAUGAUGCUUACACAUGUCCUCGGCAUCACAUGGAGGAGACUGUUCAAAAAAAAUAUGUGGCCUGUUGUAUAACCGCACUCAUGUAUCCCAUAUGUGGUGCCACAUUGAAUUUCCGGUUGAAUCCGUUUUUAUCCUUUGUACUGGAUGACAUGGUGCCUGAAUUCUUUCUUUCUGCCGACACGAUGGCAGCCAAACUGCAGCUUCAAACACUCACACUUGGCUGAGUUUCCACCUGGGUUGCCAGGUUAUCAUCGGAGCCUUCUUGUGUCCUCAAAGGGCCACGGGGCCUAGAAAGAGGAUCAGAAUGCUACUGAACUAAUUGGGCAGCCAUCUCAAAGCUGCUGUAGGCAAAGGGCUGCUUUAGCACUUUUCUUUUAGCAAAUUAAUGACUCUCUGGCAAAGGACUUUUUAAGUGAAGGUAUUAAUAAGGGGUCUGGCAGGUAUUCCCAUGAUUCACAGAGUUUCAUUUGCAUUUAAUUAAUCUUAAAGAAACUUGCAAGAUAAACAGCUGUAAUUCGGACAAACAUGGCAGAUUCAGUGAGUGAGGUCCUCUCAUCCAUAAAAUGAACACAAGAUACUUGUCUUAAAUUUUUUUCCCCUGUGGGUAAAAAAUAGAGAAAUCAAAAUGCUUCUAACAAAAACAUAAUUUGGUACAAAUCUCUUCAAAAGUAUUUGUAUCCAACUAUAAAUAUACUCUUUUUGAAAUAAGUCAUUUAUGAUUCUUGUAGUCAAGCUGCUCUGUUUGUUGGUGUAAAGAUGUUUUAAAUGGCUGAAUUGUAAAAUAAAUUUUUAAUAAACUGCCCGCUGCAAUUUUAA